CUUGGAUUAUUUUGAGUUGGGGUUGGAUUAUGAUAUCUUUCACCAUACAAAUAUGAGUAACAUAUUUGUGAUGAUUGAAGAUAUUAAAGACUUAUUCACGAUGGAUUGGCUUGAUGUGUCUAUUAUUCAAGUCUUUAUAGUGUAUGCUCAUCAGCUAUGCAAGGACUUUGAAGUCAACUCAAUUGGGUUUAUGUGUCCAACGCAAUUUGCGAAAGGAAAUGUUGACUUAAAUGAGGAUGCUGUUACAGCAUACAUUGGGAAUACCAUGGUUACGCUGAAAGACAAGAUAUUUAUCUUAGCACCAUACCAUCAAGCGAAUCAUUGGUUACUACUCGUGCUUCAUGCAAGUUCAAGAAUCGUAUACGUAUUAGAUCCAUUGAAUUGUAGGCGCAAAAUUGAAGUCAAACAAGCCGUGAAUAUGGCUUUUCGAACCUCUGCAAUUCAACGAGGGCAAAGGAUUAUGGGUAAUGCUAAUUGGAAAUAUGUGAAGUGUCCUCAACAACCCGGUAGUGAUGAAUGUGGAUACUACGUUAUGAGGUUCAUAUAUGAUAUAUGCACAAAAUUUCAUAACUACACUUCGUUGGAUGAGGCAUAUCAAGACACAAAUGCUUAUUCUAAGGAUGAAAUAGAUGAGAUACGAAGGUUAUGGAUAAACUAUUUUGUAAAUGAGUGCAUAUAAAUGUUUAUUAGGUGCACUAGAUGGAAUUACAUUGUAUAUAUUAUGAUAUAUUAAUGUUGGAUUAUUAUUUUGC